AUGGCAGGAGGUGGAGAGGACCCAGCUGACCCCAGCAAGAGGCAGAGGGGGCAGAGGAGCCCUAAUCCACCCCAACAAACACGGGAGGGUGGAGAGGGCCCCAACGAGCGCAGGGGGUGGGGCGGAGGGACCCACCUAGCACACGCAGGGCGGAGAGUGCCACACCGAGCGCAGGAGGAUGGAGAUGUUGUUGCCAAGUCACUUCCAGUCCCUCCUAUUCCUCCUAUCCUGCCUACUCCUUCCCUUCCUUAUGAACCUUCUUCCAAACCAUCCACUCCCUUGCCUCAUGUUUCCCUUAUCAACGCAGUCGCCUUCGCACGCGCCUGCCAUCUUCCGGGGUCAGUCUCGUUCCAACUGGCCCUAUCCCGCAACGGUUCGGUCUCGGCUCGCUCUUUGGCUACUGACAACCCGGAACCCGUCAACCUCUCUUCUGUCCCAGAAGACUACCACGAAUUCCCAGACGUGUUCAGCAAAUCCAAGGCUGACACCCUCGCACCUCAUCGUCCCUAUGACCUCAAGAUUGACCUUGAGGAAGGUGCCGAGCCGCCCCUCGGCUGGAUGUAUUCUCUCUCCUCUACCAAACUUCAAGCCUUGCAAGAGUUCCUGGAAGAGAAUACUCGAUCCAAGUUCAUCCGACCAUCCAACUCGUCUCACGGAGCCCCUAUCCUCUUUGUUCGGAAGAAGGACGGCUCUCUUCGGCUCUGUGUUGACUACUGCGGCCUUAACAAAGUCACCAAGAAGGACCGCUAUCCCCUCCCACUCAUCUCCGACCUGUUGGACGCUCCCGGCAAAGCCAAGGUUUUCACCAAGAUCGACCUUCGGCACGCCUACCACCUGGUCAGAAUCGUGGAUGGCGAUGAAUGGAAAACCACGUUCCGGACCCGCUACGGCUCGUUCAAAUGGAGGGUUAUGCCGUUUGGCUUAUCCAACGCUCCGGCUGCUUUCCAGCGAUUCAUGAAUGACAUCUUCUUGGAUCUCAUCAAUGUUUCGGUUAUCGUCUACCUGGAUGACAUUCUCAUUUACUCUUCAGAUCUCGCCUCGCACAAGGAACAUGUCAAGGAAGUGCUCCAACGUCUUCAGAAGCAUGGACUUUACACCUGGCCUGACAAGUGCGAAUGGCACACCGAUCGUGUUGAGUACCUUGGCUAUAUUCUUUCAGCUGACGGUCUCUCCAUGGCGGCAGACAAGGUCAAGAUCAUCCAGGACUGGCCCAAGCCACGGAAAGUCAAGGACAUUCAGUCCUUCCUCGGCUUCACCAAUUUUUAUAGACGGUUCAUUUACAAUUAUUCUGACAUCUGUGUUCCUCUCACCCAGCUCACUCGGAAAGGUGUUCCCUUCAAGUUUUCUGAUGAAGCCUGGGAAUCGUUCAACUACCUCAAGAAAGCCUUCACUACGGCUCCUGUCCUCACCCAAUGGAUUCCAGAUCAGCCCAUCAUCCUCGAAACCGACGCUUCUGACUAUGCCCUUGCUGCUAUCCUCUCUAUCGAGCUGACCAAUGGAGAAAUCCACCCGGUUGCUUUCCACUCCCGUACGUUCAAUCCAACCAAACUCAACUAUGAUGUCCACGACAAGGAACUUUUCGCGAUCUAUGAAUCGUUCCGGAUCUGGCAGCACUACCUAGAAGGCUCUGGCACUCCCAUCGACAUUGUUACCGACCACAAGAACCUUGAGUAUUUUGCUACCACGAAACUCUUGAACUGUCGGCAGGCACGUUGGUCCGAGUACCUAAGUCAGUUCAACCUCAUCGUUCGCUUCCGACCCGGCAAGCUCGGUGCCAAACCGGAUGCCCUUACUAGAUGA